AUGGAGAGCACAGAGCUGGUUUUCAUUCCAGGGCCAGGAAUGGGUCACCUCGUCGCCGCUGUUGAAAUUGGCAAGUUACUCAACAGUCGAACCAAUUGUCUUUCAAUUACUUUCUUCAUCAUUGACCUUCCAAUUGAAACAGCUAUACAUACUUAUACAAAGACGCUAGCAAUAAAUGAUGACUCUACCACUUCACGCCUACGAUUCUUGCACCUGUCUUCUCCUCAAUCUCAAAGUAAUAAUCGUAAUAAACCUCAAGAAGCUAUUCUUGUUGAGCUCUUUGAUAAUUCCAAGCAACUAGUAAGAGAGGCAAUUGUUGACAAUUUUAUGACCAAUAAGAACAAGUCCGGUACUCGACUCGGUGGUGUGAUUGUUGACAUGUUUAGUGAUAAAAUGAUAGAAGUAGCAACUGAGCUUUGUCUACCGAGCUAUGUAUUCUUUACUUCUAGUGCUGCUUUUCUCGGCCUCAUGUUUUAUGCACAGACGCUUAAAGAUGAUCGCGAUCGCGAUAUCUCCGAUUUCAAGGAUUCGGAUACGUUACUGCCUGUUUCGACUUAUAUAAAUCCUUUGCCAGCAAAGGUUUUGCCAAGUGCCAUGUUGGAUAAAGAUGGUCGUUUGCAUCUACCUCUGUCUACUGCUCGAAUGAUACGACAGGCAAAAGGAAUCAUAGUUAAUACUUUCUUAGAGCUUGAGCCUCAUCCAAUUAAAUCUCUGGGUAAUGAAAAUGGGGUUCCGUCUUUAUACCCAGUUGGGCCUAUAAUCAACCUGAAUCAAGAACCGGACGAGAGUAUCAACAACUGGUUAGAUGAGCAACCAGAUUCUUCGGUAUUGUUCCUCUGUUUCGGGAGCUAUGGGAGCUUUGACGAGGAACAGUUGAAAGAAAUCGCUAUAGCCCUUGACCAUAGCGGCUCCCGUUUCUUGUGGUCCCUGCGGCAGCCGCAGGUCAAGGGCAAAGUAGGUGCUCCGGACGAUCUUGCACGUCCGGAGCAAGUGCUGCCGAAAGGUUUCUUGAAACGAACUAUGCAGCGAGGGAGAGUGAUAGGAUGGGUCCCUCAAGUGGCAGUGCUGUCUCACAGGUCAAUUGGAGGAUUCAUUACGCACUGCGGCUGGAAUUCUGUACUGGAAAGCUUGUGGUUUGGAGUACCAAUGGCAACAUGGCCGAUGUAUGCAGAGCAACAAGUGAAUGCUUUCGAGCUGGUGGUUGAUUUGGAGAUGGCCGUGGAUAUUAAGAUGGAGUAUCGGAGUGAGAGUCCAGUUUUGGUCACAGCAGCGGAGAUAGAGCGCGCCAUAAAGCGACUGAUGUUGGAUAGUACAAAUGAAAAGAAUGGUACCAGAAAGAAAAUUAAGGAGAUGAAAGAAAAUAGCAGGAGAGCCAUGUUAGAAGGAGGAUCAUCUUACUUUUUUCUUGAGAGUUUGAUCCAAGAUAUCAAGGAUCAUUCACCCACUUGA